AUGCCCCGCCUCCCCCGGCCUCAGCUAGGCGGAGCUGGCGGAGAAGAGCUCGGGUCUCCGGGAGUAGCCGGGCGCCAGAGGAAAGUUCCGCUCCCGAAACCUGGUGCAGGCGCUAGGCGCGAAGCGCGGACUCAGGCAGGGAAGGGGCCGAGAGGAGAGGCCAGCAGCUCCCAGGGGAGUCCCCGGAAUGCUGGGAGCCUGGGAACAGACCCUGCAGUUCCUGGGAAAGCCAGGCGGAGGAAUCCCACCAUCAGCCCCUUCCCCAGGACGCGCCACCGGAUGCCAGAGACCCCAGCUCCCCAACGGGGGGAUUUGUGCGGGUGGAACCCCACCCCCAGCGCCAAGGCAGACUUGCUUGACUUGGCAGAGAACGACAGCCCAGACGGCACCGUCUCCACUCCCCCUGCAGGUACCUCUGGGUCUGUGGGACCUGGCGCAUGUUCCUUCCCAGAGCUGCCAGGAGGAGGAGGCUGGGGGCAGUGCCAGGCCGGCGGCAGCUGCAGCGGAGCAAUCAGUUUGAGAGGCGACCAAGGCCCGCCCCGAUUUCUCUGUGGUAGGGCAGAGGAGCUUGAAUGGGCAGCCCCCACCGGGGACAACGAGGACUUGUCCGUUACUCCUCAGCCAGGAGGUUCCCCAAGGCGACAAGGGCUGGCAGAGCUGAGCGGGGUGGGUGCUGCUGUUGCGACGACGCUAGGCAUACGGGCCAGCUCGUCGCUGCUGCCCUGGCCAGUCAUCCCGACCUCAGGACACCUGUCACUGCCCCCUCUGCCUUCCCAAACCGGGGGCUGGAUGGGCAGCUCGGGCGUGCUCGGGCGGCGUUCUUCGAAGCAGCUCGGGGCAGAACACAGCUGCUGGGCUGCCCCCUCUUUCACCCCAGGUGUGCCUGGAGAGGCAGAGCAGCCCACACCCGAGCUGGUAGAGGUGGAAGUUGGCAGCUCAGCCCUUCUGAGGUGCCCCUUGGACUCCUCAGGCAACCUCAGCUAUGUGGACUGGUUUGUUAUCCACAAGGAAAAGCGGACACUCAUCUUCCGUGUACGCCAGGGCCAGGGCCAGAGUGAACCUGGCCAGUAUCACGACCGCCUCAGCCUCCAGGGCCCAGGGGCCUCCCUGGUCCUGACUCAGGUCACCCCCCAUGAUGAUCGAGUCUUCCUGUGCCAGAGCAAGCGCCCUCGGUCCCAGGAGCACCGCAUCCAGCUCCGUGUCUACAAAGCUCCAGAGGAGCCAACCAUCCAUAUCAGUACCAACGGCAUCUCUGUGAACAACCACGAGCUGGAGGAGGUCGCCACCUGUGUGGGGAGGAAUGGUUACCCCUUCCCUCAGGUCAUCUGGUACAAGAACAGGCAAGCCCUGAAGGAGGAGAAGAACCGAAUCCACAUUCAGUCAUCACAGAUUGUGGAGUCAAGUGGCUUGUAUACCUUGAAGAGUAUCCUGAAGGCACAGCUGGUUAAGGAAGACAAGGAUGCCCAGUUUUACUGUGAGCUCAACUACCGGCUACCCAGCGGGAACCACAUGAAAGAAUCUAGGGAAGUCACUGUCCCUGUUUUCUACCCUGCAGAAAGGUUGUGGUUGGAAGUGGAGCCUGUGGGAAUGCUGAAGGAAGGGGACCGAGUAGAAAUCAGGUGUCUGUCUGACGGCAACCCUGCACCCCACUUCACCAUCAACAAGAAGAAUCCAAGCACUGGGGAGAUGGAGGAACAGGAAACUCCUGACAAUGGCAUCCUGGUGUUGGAGCCUGCCCAGAAGCAGCAUAGUGGGGUCUACCAGUGUCAGGGCCUGGACUUGGAAGACAUAACAUCACUGUCAAGUGACACCGAGAAGCUUCUGGUGAACUAUGUGUCCGAUGUUCGAGUGAGCCCUGCAGCCCCUGAGGGCCAGGAAGGUGGCAGCCUCACACUGACUUGUGAGGCAGAGAGUAACCAGGCCCUCGCAUUCCAGUGGCUGAGAGAAAAGACAGGCCAGGUGCUGGAAGAGGGGCCUACACUUCAGUUACUUGGCCUGAAACGGGAGGCAGGGGGUGGCUACCGCUGCGUGGCAUCUGUGCCCAGCGUACCUGGCCUGAACCGCACACAGCUGGUCAACGUGGCCAUUUUUGGGCCCCCGUGGAUGGCAUUAAAGGAGAGGAAAGUGUGGGUGAAAGAAGACACAAUGCAGAAUCUGUCAUGUGAGGCAUCAGGGUACCCUCGGCCCACUAUCUCCUGGAAUGUCAAUGGCACGGCAAGUGAACAAGUGCAAGACCCACAGAGGGUAGUGAGCACCGUGAAUAUCCUUGUGACUCCAGAGCUGCUGGAGACAGGCAUACAAUGCACGGCCUCCAACUCCCUGGGCAGAAACAUCACCACCAUCUUCCUGAUUCGAGUUGGUUUAACCACCCUCACACCAGACUCCAGCACAGCCGCUGGCCCCAGCACCUCCACAGUCAGUCCUCAUGCCAGAGCCAACAGCACUUCCACAGAGAGAAAGCUGCCAGAGCCGGAGAGCAAGGGCGUAGUCAUUGUGGCUGUGAUUGUGUGUAUCCUGGUCCUGGCUGUGCUGGGCGCUGUCCUCUAUUUCCUCUACAAGAAGGGCAAACUGCCCUGUGGGCGGUCAGGCAAACAAGAGAUCACGAUGCCCCCGUCUCGUAAGAGUGAAUGUGUAGUUGAAGUUAAGUCAGAUAAACUCCCAGAAGAGAUGGGCCUCCUACAGGGCAGCAUCGGUGACAAGAGGGCUCCAGGAGACCAGGGAGAGAAAUACAUCGAUCUGAAGCAUUAGCCUGAAUCCCAUUCAGCUCCCACCCUGCCUGGAAUUUCUCCGGCUCCUUGCUCACUCUGCUCCCCACCCAAGGCCCCUAGAGGGACCUCAGAGAAGACCCCUGCUCCACCUCAUCUGCAGACCAGAUCCAGAGGCCCAGUGGCUAAGGACCAGAUGCAUCCUGAGAAGGACCUCACUCAGCCCUGGAGUCCCCCUUUCAGGGAAUGGGCCACUCAAAUGAUGCUCGGGUGAAGAAGUGGCUUCAGUCUCCUAAGGGUGGGGAGGAGAGUUUCUCAGUUUCCUCCUUACAACGGUGUGGCUAUAGAUACCUCUUCUACCAGCAGGGGGGCAGAGUGGCCGCUCAAGCUUCAGUAACUCAGUCGCACCCCUAAUAUGAUACAGGAAGGCCCAGGCAUCUGUUUGCUGUCCUGGUGUCACUCUGGCUCUGGAAAAUACCCAGCUCUUAUCCAGAAUCAGCCGCAGAGUCCUGAUGUCUUCCUGCUCACCUCUUUGGAGUUGCUUUUGUGACAUUUUUUUCCCUUUGGGCAGAAGCCAUGUACUGGUAUCAUUCCUUCAAAGAUCUGUCCCUGCAGUGAGGAAGUGGGGCCGUUUCCACAGGGAGCUACUGAGCCAAGGCCCCUGUAUUCUUACGGCUCUCAGCACCCUUUCAGAGGGGCCAUAUGAGAGAAAGGUGAGAGCUGGGGACAAAGAUGACACCCAUUGUCCUUCAUGGUGUUCAGGACUAUAAUUGUACCACACCAAAUCUAUACACUAAGCUAACAGGCCCAGACCCUAGAAAGACCCAAAUGGGAGAAUGGUACUUCGGGAUUGAAAAAAAGAGGGCCUGGGCUGGAGAUUUAGCUCAGUGGGGCCACCAUCUGCCUCGUAAGUGCAAGGUCCCUGUUCGAUCCCCGGUACAAAAAAAAAAGAAAAAAAAAAAGGGCCUGGCCAGAGCUUGGGGACAUGUCUAUGUGUACCUACACGUAUGUGUAUGUGUAUAUAUAUAUAUGUAUAUGGUUUUGUGUGUACAUUUGGAAACGGUUUCCUUUUAUAUAUAUUAAGAAAAAUAAAGCUUAAUUGUGCCAGGAAUCUCACUGCUUCCUAUCAUCACCAGUACCAAAGGCACCUGGGGUACUCUGAUCAGCAGCUGCACCAAAAAGAAUGUAGACUGCACUGGAGUCAGCUGCAGGGACCCAGGGUUCCGUUUCUGCACAGAUGGGUCCGGUUUCCCUCUUUCUCAGCUGCACACAGGGUCUGGCAGCCUGCUGGCUGGGGCUGUGUCACUUUUUACACGUUCUGUCAUGGAGUGAUGCCUCACGUCAGUAGUACUUGCCCUGGCAGCUGGUCCCAGGGCUGACCCAUACAUAUAGCAUCUCCUAGCCCCAAAUGAGCAAAAGUUCAAGUCAGCUACGAUAAAA